CGGAAUACUCAAGUGUGAGGAGGUUAACUGGCGGAAUGGUGAGUUGACCUAUGGUUAACUGGAACGGCGGGCCGCUGAUGGGUUCCUUCCCCACGGCCUCUUUUCCUCCUUCCUUAUCUUUGCUCUGCCCCCUUGGCAACGUCUCUGACCUUCAGGUAUUGGGCACCGCCAGCGACCUCCUCACCGGUCUUGUCCCCUCCGGUCCUCCGGCCUUUCUAUUUCUUCUCUUUUUCCGAGGCCUCCCGAGUUUCCUGCGAAAGCCGGGUCCUACGGACCGCCUCCUUGCCUGCUUUGGAGAGUGAUGGGGACGAGGGAAGUGUACGAGGAGAAGCUCCGCACGGGCAAUCUUGAUCACGAUCCCACCAUAAACCCUGGCCUUGGCUCCCCACGCUGCCCCCGUUGCCUUUCCCUCAUAAACCCUAACUCGGUUCCUCCUGCCCUCUUCCUUCUUUGUUUUGAUUUCGAUCUUUCAUUCAUAAUUCAGUCGAGUCAUUUAUAUCCUCGAUUCGUUUUCUUUUCUUUUUCUAACCAAAAUCGAACAUUGCUUACCUGUAAUUUGUUGUAUCCUCAAUUCGUUUUCCCGAUAUUGAUUGGUUUAUGUUCCAUUAUGCAGGGAAACGGGGAGUGGACGAUCACUUCUGUGUUGCAUGAUGCGACUGCUGUGGCUGGUUCCGGGGCUGGUGCCAUGCUCAGUGCUGUCCAUGGAUUCAAUACGGGUAUGAAUUUGGAUUCCAUUUCUCCAGAAGCACGUGAAAGGACCCAAAUGGCUGCAUUUCUUUAUUGGGCUUCCUCCGCUGCUUUUGUUUUCUGGAGCUAGUGCUGCAUUUGGAGCUUAUGCAGUUCCAAAGUUUGCUCAGCUCACCGUGACGUCCUAUUAUGCUGCUUCAAGUGCAUCACACUAUGCAAUAUCACAGAUCACCAGAUAUGUGGAAGGUGCCAAUUCAUCUCAUGAUCAUCAUGAUAAGCCCAGAUGAUGAGGAGGAUGCAGGGCCCCCCUUAGUGAUAUAUUCAUCGAGAGGUCAUGCCUCUGUCUUUUCCAGGAAACCAAACUCCCUUAAUGGAUUUAAAAGGAAUUGUUAGCUGGAUGUGUAUUUUGCAUGCUUUCUUUGGUAUAAGUUUGUUCAUUUUCCUUACUGGUUACCAAAUAUUUGAGCGUAUGAUGUCUCAAAAAUGCUGUUGUCAGUAUGCUCGUUCAGAUUAUAAUUGAGUUUUCAGAAUCAGUAGACGUGACGUUAGUUCCUAGGUGCUCGUUGUUUAUGUAAUCAGUAGAAGCGGCUCUAUUUUUUUUAGGAAGUUAAUUUCAUCAAUAAAGUACUCAAAUGUGGUCUUUUGUA